AUGGAAAACAACCUUCGUUUAGAUACGUCAUAUAUUUUUAAAAAAGUAAUUGGAAGACUUAAUUUAACAAAAAAUAUUAAUUUAAAGAAACAAUUUCGGAAAGAUUGGAAUAAAAAAAUUAAUAGUUCUCAUCUUGAAAUAUUUUGUGAUUUAAUUAAUGUAUUAUAUAAACUGACAGGAUCAAAAGAAACAAUUAGUUUACAAUUAAUAUUAAGUGGUAAACAAAAAAUGGAAUUUUUAAAUGAUUUUCAUGAAGAAGAAAUAAUUAAUUUAUAUAAAAAUAAUGAUGGAAUAUUUAAAAAAUUUAUUAAAGAAACUUGGGGCACGAGAAGUCGAAUAGUUGUAUAUUUAGAUAAAAAUCUAGAAAUUGUACAAAUUAUGGUUGAAGAAGGGUAUAAUAAUUCUUUGAAGGAAAUGUUGAAAAUUGGUAGGUUAUUCAGUUGUAGAGAAUUUUUAUUCUAA